CAAGUAAGUUACAGUAUAACAGAAGGCUCUUCUCGUUAUUUUUUUAUCAAAUUUAGCCUGGGGAAAUUUGAAGUGUGAAAAACGCGCAUAGUGCAUGACCGAUUAAACACAUUUUACUGUUAUUUUAAGGACCUGAGAGACUGAUAGGGGAAGUGCUUGACCUUCUUCGCGCAUGCGCGCCAUUCACGUUCUCCAGUGUGUGUUUGAGCGUGUGAAGGUUGAACUGUCAGCUAACCAUAAAUGAAUAUUCAAAAUAGUUACUGAAUAUAUUUUGUCAGUACUCCAUGUCUGUCGACAUGCCUUUAUUAUAAAGCAUAUAUUUUUGGACCUCGACUGCUUCUUUCAGGAUUUUUGAAAGGGUGAAGAUGGCUGGUCUGUCUAGCUAUGCCCUGCGCAUGGCCCGUCUGAGUGCCCGAAUAUUUGGAGAUGUGGCCCGUCACACAGACUCCAAAUCUAUGAAAGUGGUAGAGUUGUUUAAAGAACCCCCACUGGCCCAGAGAAAAGAAGUGUAUGACUGGUACCCCCCACACAAGAUCUACUAUUCUAUGACCCAGAAGCUCAGAUUCAUGGGGCUUUUCAGGGAUGAGCACCAGGAUUUCAAGGAGGAAAUGAGACGCUUGAGGAAACUGCGGGGUAAAGGAAAACCUAAGAAGGGAGAAGGGAAGAGAGCUGCAAAGAAGAAGUAGACCAGCACAUUUCAUCUACUAUUUAUGAAAGGACAUUAUGAAUGGAGAAUCCGAUGAAGAAGCUCUGUACACGAGUUGUACUUGUACGGUCAACAGGACAUGUUUAUGACUGUGGGGACAUGUUCUAUUAGCAGAGAUGAUGGUGAAAGAAAAACACAAAUGCUGAAUUCACCUUUGGUGUCUGUGAUGGAAAUUAAAUGUUCAUUUUUGUA